AUGGCAGAUGCGAGAAGUCUGUCGAUCCAGCGACUAUGGUGUUUUUGGUUCCUUCUGAUGAUGGGAGUUCUAUUUUGCUGUGGGGCUGGUUUCUUUAUCCGAAGAAGGAUGUAUCUUCCACCACUGGUUGGUGAAACAACCUAUAACAUCACUCGACCACCUGACUCCAGUACACCAGGAGUCCAGCAGCCUGGAAUGGCCUAUUAUGCAGAUCCAGAAGGAAUGAUGAUGAAUCCUGUGGCCAUGAGUUGCCAUGUCCAACCUAAGUUAACCUAA